UCCCUAGAUCGGGAACCCAGGCCUCGAGGCGGUGAGUGAUGGGCGGCGGGAGCAGAGGAGCGGCCCGGGUGCCCGAUUCCUGUUUGGGCUGGGACUGCAGCUCCUGUGACGACAGUGACGUGUGUGGAGGGUCCCGUCGGAAGGGCGACGGGGAGUGGGAGCAGCACGGGGCUGCUUCCCGUGCCCGACUCUGCUUUGUGGGGCGCUGAGGAGCACUCACUUCUUGUGCUGGCUCCUGUUGUUUCUUCACGGCUUCAACCCCCGUGCUGCUGCUGCACAGGGCAGCGGUUGUGUCUGUCUUGUUUACUGUCAUCGUACCCAUCUGCACGUGGCAGGCAUAGCACAACCGUGAGGAAUACGUGGGAAGCAGUUUGAGUCUGGAAAGAGCUUUCGUGCCGGAUCUGUCUAGGUUCCAAACUUGGCCCCACCCAUUAUUAGCCUGGUGACUUCAGUGGGCAGCUUUGACUGCCACAUUUGAAAGGGGCUGUAAUACUGCAGCCUUGCUGGUGAAAGAUAUAGCACCCAGCACUGGGCGCCUUGGUAGGUGUUCAGUACAUGGGAGUUGUUUUUUGGAUGUCGUCUCCCAAGAAAGUUCUCCAAGACAUUAAGCAUGUCCUCUGCCAGGCUGUGCCAGGCACUGGGUAGACAGACCAAUGACUGAGACCCUGCCUUUGACCAGCUCACAGUUCAGAGUACACAAGUAGACAACAGCAGACUAAUGCUAUGAAUGGAGGUCCAAGGGAGGCUUUCUAGAAGACAAGCCUGGAGUCUUGACAGGGAGCUCUUCUGGACCAAGCUAUGGUGAAAAAUGUUUCGGAAAGGCAAAAAACGACACAGUAGUAGCAGUUCCCAAAGUAGUGAAAUCAGUACUAAGAGCAAGAAAUUGCAUGCAGUUAACGGGCUGAAUCACUUGAAUUCCCAGUCUGUAGACUCCAGCCUUGGGGGGCUUUCUCGAUCCAGCACUGUGGCCAGCCUUGAUACAGAUUCCACCAAAAGCUCAGGACAAAGCAACAAUAAUUCAGAUACCUGUGCUGAAUUUCGAAUAAAAUAUGUUGGUGCCAUUGAGAAACUGAAACUCUCGGAGGGAAAAAAUCUCGAAGGGCCACUAGACCUGAUAAAUUACAUAGAUGUUGCCCAGCAAGAUGGAAAAUUGCCUUUCGUUCCUCUGGAGGAAGAAUUUAUUAUGGGAGUUUCUAAGUAUGGUAUAAAAGUGUCAACAUCAGAUCAGUAUGCUGUUUUACAUAGGCACGCUCUGUAUUUAAUCAUCCGGAUGGUGUGUUAUGAUGAUGGUCUGGGGGCAGGAAGAAGCUUACUGGCUCUGAAGACCACAGACGCAAGCAACGAAGAAUACAGCCUGUGGGUUUAUCAGUGCAACAGCCUGGAACAAGCACAAACUAUCUGCAAAGUCUUAGCCACCGCUUUCGACUCUGUGUUGACAUCUGACAAGUCUUGAAUUCUGCAAUCAAGUGGAAGCUGACCUCAGGUGAAGUUCAGCUGUUUCCUCCGGUUCUGUUUUCAAUUUGCAACGUUUGAAAACUAUGAUGAAAAUAUGAAGUGAUCCCUUGCUGUAGGUUUUCUGAAGAAAAUAUAAUGUAUAAAAUACCAAUCAUUUGUUUUUCUAUUCAAAUGUGUCUUAUUAACAG